AACUCGCAUCGGAUUGCCCCAUUUUGCCACCUCUAUCUGUCUGCAACCGGUGACGUUGUUAGAGAGAGAAAGAAAAAAAAAUGGUGAAAGGAAGAAGCGAAAUGGAUGGCGUAGAAGUACCUGAAGCCAUGAUAGAUACUCUCAACCGUACUUUGGAGAGCCUUCAACAACUCGAGACACAGUUACCCCAAUUUCUCUCUCUCUCCGACCCUGAUUUUCUCGCUGAAUUACCACUCGUUGAACGCGCUCACUCACUCUUCUCCCUCGCCAAACUCACCUCUACCCUCUUCUCAUUGAAGUUGAGGUGUAGAGGUGUUAACCCAAAUGGCCACCCUGUCAAAUCCGAGCUUGACAAGAUAAACGUGUUGCAGAAGAAACUGGAACGGCUUCCGCGGUUCAGUGAAGCACAAGAGCAAGACACUAGGAACAUAAGUGAAGAGGAGGAACCAGAGAUGAACUAUCAGGAACGGACUAGUCAAAAGAGGAAGUAUCCAUCGUCUGAAGAACAGUUUGUUCAAAUUGAUGCUGUGGGAUCCCUGGUUAAAGUAAAGGAGGAACAUGUUGGUGAUAAUAAUGGAAAUAUUAAGGAAGCAAUAGUGAUUGACAUUUCAGAUGAUGAUGAUUGAUCAUGAUCAUGAUCAUGAGCUACUUGCACCUUAGUUUUCCCAAGUUCUGUAUAUGUGAAUAACAUGGAGCUGUGUUCAUGGGAGGUCAUUGCAUAGUACUUGCUGCUUUUGGAGAACUUAUCAAAUUUUGGUGACACAUACUCCCUCCCAAUUUCAAAUGGCAAGUGGGUGGCACACUGAUGUAUUUUCAACUGUCAAGUAUCCAAGGUGCACUGCAUGCACGAGUGCAAGUAUAGUAUAGUUCCAAUCUCUGUUGUAGUUCUCUUUUUGACUUAUCAUCCCAUUUGUGCCAUAGACAACUAGGCUUUCAUACCAGUUUGUAAUUUUUAAGUUGAAUGCUGACAUUAGUCUGGUGUUUAGGUUGGUCAAAUACAUAAAUAAAGGCUUUCAAAACUAUGAUUUGGCUGGUUUAUAUAUUAUGUGCGUGUUUAGUAGUUUGCUA